AUGGUUAUAGGAGGGAGCAAUAUUAAUAACAUCCGCUAUGCAGAUGAUAUGGUUCUGUUAGCAACAUCGGUGGAACAACUUCAAGGAUUAGUGGAUAAGGUGGUCUUAGAAAGUGCAAAAAAGGGUUUAUGUGUCAACACAAAAAAGACAGUACAUGAUAAUGGUUGGUGCGACAGGGAGAUCAAACGAAGAAUUGCAAAGUCAAGAGAGACCUUUUCUAAAAUAAAGAAAAUUUUAUGCAAUCCAAAGAUCACCGUAGCUACAAGACUAAGGGUAUUGGAGUGUUGCGUGUUGCCGGUCCUAAAAUAUGGAAGUGAGACAUGGACUGUGUCUAAAGAAAUGGAAGAGAAUUAA